AUGCAAACUAGAAAGACCUUUUCUUGGAUAAAGCAAGAGAUUACUCGUUCCAUUUCCGUAUCGCUCAUGAUAUAUAUAAUAACUUGUGCAUCCAUUUCAAAUGCAUAUCCCAUUUUUGCACAGCAGGGUUAUGAAAAUCCGCGCGAAGCAACUGGCCGUAUUGUAUGUGCCAAUUGUCAUUUAGCUAAUAAACCCGUGGAUAUUGAAGUUCCACAAGCGGUACUUCCUGAUACUGUAUUUGAAGCAGUCGUUCGAAUUCCUUAUGAUAUGCAACUGAAACAAGUUCUUGCUAAUGGUAAAAAGGGGGCUUUGAAUGUGGGGGCUGUUCUUAUUUUACCUGAGGGGUUUGAAUUAGCCCCUCCUAAUCGUAUUUCGCCAGAGAUGAAAGAAAAGAUGGGAAAUCUGUCUUUUCAGAGUUAUCGCCCCACAAAAAAAAAUAUUCUUGUGAUAGGUCCUGUUCCUGGUCAGAAAUAUAGUGAAAUUACCUUUCCUAUCCUUUCUCCGGACCCCGCCACUAAGAAAGAUGUUCACUUUUUCAAAUAUCCCAUAUAUGUAGGCGGAAACAGGGGAAGGGGUCAGAUUUAUCCCGACGGGAGCAAGAGUAACAAUACGGUUUAUAAUGCUACAGCAGCAGGUAUAGUAAGCAAAAUCAUACGAAAAGAAAAGGGGGGGUACGAAAUAACCAUAACGGAUGCGUCAGAGGGACGUCAAGUGAUUGAUAUUAUACCUCCAGGACCAGAACUUCUUGUUUCAGAAGGCGAAUCCAUCAAACUUGAUCAACCAUUAACGAGUAAUCCUAAUGUGGGUGGAUUUGGUCAGGGGGAUUCAGAAAUAGUACUUCAAGACCCAUUACGUGCCCAAGGCCUUUUGUUCUUCUUGGCGUCGGUUAUUUUGGCACAAAUCUUUUUGGUUCUUAAAAAGAAACAGUUUGAGAAGGUUCAAUUGUCCGAAAUGAAUUUCUAGAUCUGUAAAUUUAUCAACAUCAAGUUCUUAAAACGAAUAACAGUUGGUAAUUAUAUAUGAUCAAAAAAAAUGAAAAGCUCUUUGCUUUUUAAAAAUUAAAAAUUUUUUUAUACCAGAUUUUUUGAAUUAUUUGUACCGCAUUUCUAGUCAUAAUAUGUAUAUUGGUAAGAAGACUAUUUGACUUUAUCCCCUUUUUUGUGUUUUUUUAAUCUAAUUUUUUUGAAUCUAAAUAAAACGGGAGCGGUGUGAUUAUCUUAUUAUUGUCCGAUUUAACUGUCAUAGAGUGCAUCAAUAGCUUUUUUCUAUUCUAAUAGAAUCCCAUUUGACUAGAUACUAAGCAUAAGAUAAGUAAGCGGAAAAGCAAAGGCUAAAUGAGGGAGAACAAAGGAUUCUAGGAAGUAUUAUUUUUUUUUUUUUUUAUUCGUCUUCCUAGUCUUCGACACAAGAAAAGGAAUUUGCCACAUCCCUUUCUUGUGUCAAAAUAAUAACGAUUCUUGAUCCCAUUCCUCAAAGAUUACUAUUCUUAGCUUCUGUUUUUUCUAGGUUUAUCAUAACUUCCUUUUCAAUUUUAUACGUAUAAAAUUGAUUUUUUACGUAUAAAAUACGAAUAAAGUAUUAUGAUUAUUAUGGACCCCCUCGGCCUCGAAUCAGACAGAGAAAGGAGGGGGUCCAUUGAGUUCUUACGCUUUCAUGUCUACAACUCAGUUCACCCGAUUACUUACUACUUACAGGGAUGAACCCAAUCCGGAAUAUGAACCAUAAAAGAAAAUGCCUAUUAAACCGAUCACAAGAAUACCAGUUACAGUACCUAUUAUCCAAAGGGGAAUUCUUCCAGUAGUAUCGGCCAUUUAUCCCACUUCCCUCCACAUUUAAUCAAGUGGUCGUGCUAGAGACAUAAACAGUCAUAGAUAAUUAUUAGAUGAUAUCCUUCCGAUGGGAUAAGAGAAUUCCUAUUCUUAUUUAUUAUUCUACUAUUUUAUUUUCUUCUUCUUCUAUUAAUUGAAGAAAUAAUUAGAAAAUAAAACAGCAAGUACAAAAAUGAGUAAUAACCCCCAGUAGAGACUGGUACGAUUCAAUUCAACAUUUUGUUCGUUCGGGUUUGAUUGUGUCAUAGUUUUAUAAUUAAUUGGGAUUAGAUUUAUCGUUGGAUGAACUGCAUUGCUGAUAUUGACCCCAAAAAAAAAACGGUAGGUACAGCUAGUCCGUGAACAGUCAACCAUCGUACUGUAAAAAUUGGAUAGGUUCGAUCUAUGGUCAUUGGGCCUCCUAAAAAGAUUUACUAAAUUCAUCGAGUUGUUCCAAAGGAUCAAAACGGCCAGUUAUUAAUGGAAUUCCCUGUCGGCUCUCUGUAAAAUAUUCAUUUGGACGAGGGCUCCCAAAUACAUCAUAAGCUAAACCCGUGCUGACGAAUAACCAACCUGCAAUGAAUAGGGAAGGUAUAGUAAUGCUAUGAAUGACCCAAUAUCGAAUACUGGUAAUAAUAUCAGCAAAAGAACGUUCUCCUGUGCUUCCAGACAUACUGAGCUCCACAUAUUCUUGUACAAUCAAAAGGGAUCGAUUCUGUAAAAGAUGAGAUCAGUAAAUGCAAUUUCACUGAAAUUGAAUCUUUGUGAGAUCGUCAAUAUUGUACCAAAGGUUUCUUUAAAGUAUACCGAAUCAGUAUAGCUAUCCUUCUUCUGACGCAGCAACGCAACUUCAAUCAGUAUCGAAAUGAAAUCUUAGAUAAUCCCUUUCUUCUUUUCUUUUUCUUGUUGCUGUAGAACUGUGUACCAUAAGAUAAGGUCGGGUAAAAUGCGAAUUCAACGGGUUACAAUAAUAAUUCAUGGAGGAGAUUAUCAUAUUUCCGCAAUUCAAUUAGAUGUGAAUGGAUGUGAAAUCAAAAACUUUUGUGCUUUUGUGGUUAUAGAAGAGUUUUUUGUUGGAAUCCCAACUCCCCCCCCCCCCUUUUUUUUUUUCAUUUUGUUUUUCAUUUUAAGGAAUUGGUUAAUCAUCUAUUAAAUUAACAAGUACCAAUAGUAGAGAAUAUUCGAUGAAAGAGAAAGAAGGAGAACAAGGAAAAAAUAAUUGUAAUAAUCAAUAUUCGUGAUGCACGUAUUUGUGUAUUAGAUUUAAAAGGUCUUUCUUGACACUUAACUACAUGUUUUUUCGUUUUAAUAUUAAUAUAAUAUGGAACGAAAAAUGUAAAAUCUAGAAAAGAAAAGGAUAAUUGAAAUUACUAGUCUUAGAAUCUAGUUGUACAAAAAACAAAAAAAAAAAGAAAGAUUUUCUUUUUUGAGUGAUCUGAUCGUGCGAUACUUUUUUUCUUCUUAUUUUAUUGUAUUGGAUUGGAGAUAUUAUGUGAAUGAAUCAACUAAUAAAUCUAAUAAGUUAAAUUCAAAUUUAAAAUAAAAAUAGAAAAAAGUAAAAAAAAAAAAGUAAAAAGGAAAAGGUAUUCUAAAGAAAAAUAGAGGGUCGUUUUCAUUUUAAAAUGUAAAAAACGAUACAAAUUUGAUACAAAUAUACAAAUACUAAAUAAAUAAACUAAAUAAACUAAAAGAAACUAUCAAAAUAGAAAUAAUGUUCCAAUUUUUUUUUAUUUUUUAUUUUGUAGUAAUUUCCGUAGUGAUUCCAAGAAAGUUUUUUGAAUGAAGUUAUACAACAUAGUUUUUUUAUUAAUUUUUAUUAAUAUUAUUAAUAUUUUUUAUUUUUAUUUAUUUAUUAAUAUUUAUUUAAUUAUUUUAAUUAUUUAAUAAAUUAAUAUUUAAUUAUUGUAAUAUUAGUUUUCUAUUUUAUUCUAUAGUUGUUCAAGGAAUCUCUCGAUUCGGAAUCAAGAGAAUAUAAGCGGAUGUCAUAGAUGAUAAAUUGAUUUCUUUCUCUACCUAUAUCAUAUCACUCUAUUUUUGAGUGCUGUCUAUAAUCUAUAAUGAUAAUGAUUGAUAAAUGAUUGAUAAAUAAAAAUAAAUAAAAAGUGCCCAAUUGAACUUUUUCUUCAAUUGGUAUUUUUGUUUAUCUUCGUAUCUUUUAUCUUUCAAAAAAUCGAACUUAGGAAAGUACUUUUGCUUUACAAGUAUAUGUAUAAAAAGGUUUAUUUAGUUUCUAUAUGCUUACUAUAACUAGUUAUUUCGGUUUUCUACUAGCGGCUUUAACUAUAACCUCAGUUCUAUUUAUUGGUCUGAGCAAGAUACGACUUAUUUGAAAUAAAUUGAAUGAACAAUUUAUAAAAAAA